GGCGAGAGAGAGAGAGACAGAGACACCGUUGCGGUGUCCGGAAGAAGGACUCGAGCGUGGCGGAUGUAUAUUUUCCAAUUCGUCCUUUUGUGUUUGCGGUUUUAAUGUAACAUCGCGACAUUAUUCCCAAAUGUAAAAACCCGCAUCGCUGCGUCUCCGGACACCGGCGGCUGUUCUUUCCGCUGCCGCUCGCGACGUGACUCGUGACCCACUUUUGGUUGGAGUCCGUCGGGUCAGGGAAUGCAGCUGGAUUCCACUAGUGUCACUUAUGGCCUACGACAGAACACAUCCACCAACAUCUGGAGAGGAAGCGUGGAGGUUGGACUGAGACCUGCUGGACCGAACGGGCCCCGGAGAGGAGAGCCGAGGGGGAAGCUAAGCUAACCUGGCUAGCCCCUAAAUCUGCUCAGAAAAAAAUAAGAUGGGUGGAAGCUGCAGGAGGUCUGUGACUGGAGACACGGACGCCGGGAUCCAUCGCUCAUCCCUUUUCCCUUUCACUGCUGAUGCAAAUGGAAAAAAGACACUACUGAAAGUUUCCUAAAGUGGGAUGAAAGCUCAGCACAGAGCGAAGAGGGUUACAUCUUAAUUCAUCCUCUCAGAGUCGCAUCACACACCAUGGGUGAAGUGACCGUGGAGGCCGAUUCGGCGGUGACGAAGCAGGACUCCUCCUCGGGGCCUCUGCCGGAGCCGCUGCUCAUAAUCAUGUCCCCACCUCCACCUUUCCUUCCCGUCCCCGGCGAGCCGACCAUGUUAUGGCGCAGGUGGCUUAAAGCUUUUGAGCACUACGUCGAGGUUCUCGGUGAAAACGAGCUGGUCGACUCCAGCAAGUGCGGCCUCUUGCGGGACUGCCUCGGCCGAGAGGGCCGGCGCGUCUCCGCGGCACUGAUCCCGAGUGAAACCGCCUACGAGGCCGCCGUCUCCGCGCUGACGGUUUACUUUGGCUCCGACCGCAGCUCUUUCCGCAAGGUCAGCGUGGACAACGGAGACGGUUUGGACCCUACCGUUCAAAUAAAACGCAAAAGAGGCCGGCCUCGGCGCGGCGAGGGCAGGCCGAAAAACCUCCCCGAACCCGGCGGCAGUAAAACAACGAGAUCACCGAGAUACAAAGACAAUUACUUGUUGCUACAAAAGGAUGACGUGGCCAAGAGAGCAGAUGAGGCCUGCAAUAAUACACUGAGGACGGAGGAGGAAGGAUGCGACAAUGGAAGGAAAGGUGACGAGGAAGACGAGGACUUUCAUCCGUCCAAACUAAAAGGCCCCUACUGUACUCUCUGUGUCGACAAGCGCUUCAGGGACGCAAACAAGCUGGCCCGACACAUGAGGACGCACACGAAGGAGAAACCAUUCCGCUGCCCCGCGUGCGUCAUGACCUUCAGCCAGUCCUACCACAUGACCCGGCACAUGAGGAAGCAGCACGGCGCGGGCCGGUACGUCUGCCCCACGUGCGGGAAGAGCUCGGAGACCUCCGCGGGGCUGCAGAGUCACAAGAGGACGCACGCGGCAGCGCAAGUUCUGUCCCGGCCCGCCUGUCGUGAGAAAUCCCCCAACGCCGGCGAGUUUUGUAGUCGCGUCGCCACACGUGGCGAAGACCACUUGAGCCAGACGCAGGAGCGGAGCUCUCAGCGCGGGAACUGCGUGAAGAACAAGGAUGGCAAUGAUAGUAUUGCUAAGAAUGAUGCAGACUCUGAUGGUGAUACCCAAGAUAAGGAAUCCACAGUUAUUGUUGAGACGGAAGAAAAGGACACCGAUGGAGGACAAUCUAAAGAUGGCGACGAUACGAAAGAAAAAGCUGCAUCUGGGACCAAAUCAAAAGGCCAUUUCUGUCCCAUCUGCGUUGGCCGGCGCUUCAGAGGGCCGAACAAACUCGCCAGGCACAUGAGGACGCACACAAAGGAGAAGCCGUUCAGCUGCCCGGUGUGCGCCUUGACCUUCAGCCAGUCCUACCACAUGACCCGACACACGAGGAAGCAGCACGGCUUGGUCCAGUACAUCUGCGAUAAAUGCGGCGAAAGUUCCGGAAGCUGGCUGGAGCUGAAGGCGCACAAGAAGACCCACACGGUCGAUUGUCUGAGGUGCCCCGCGUGUGACAAACCGUUCAAGGAGAAGGCCGCCCUCGUCAGUCAUCUCAGAAUACACAAGAAGGUCCCGUCCAGCCCCCGAAGCCUCGUCUGCAGCGAUUGCGGCAAAGUCUUCGGUCGAAUGUAUCACCUGAAGCGCCACAUAGUGACCCAUCGCAAAGCGACCAACGGGGAGGUUUACGCGUGCCCCGAUUGUCAGAAGAAUUUUGCCUUCCCAGAAGACCUCAGCAAACACGCCGAGAUCCACGUGAAGGAAAACAACGGGACGUGUCCGAAGUGUAACGAAACCUUCCGCAGUCCAGAAGAGCUGGAGACGCACAUGGGGGCUCACGAGAGGUCCUACGCCUGCCACACCUGUGGGAAGAAGUUCAAGGUGGAGUACGCUCUCAAGAAGCACGAGCAAGGCCACCAAGACGAGCAGUACUACUGCUCCUUGUGCCGCAGGCGCUUCAUCAAGCUGUCUCACUACAAGAGGCACGUCAUGGUCCACGACCGGCGGGAAUCCAGGUGCCCCCACUGCGACGGAGUCUUCCUGCAGGUGACGGCUUUGAAGUAUCACCUGCGCACUCACACGGAGGAAAGGCCGCACCAGUGCACCUGUUGCAUCGAGACCUUCGAGGAGAAGGAGGAGCUGGAGCAGCACCGCCUCAAACACAGGAAGUUCAAGCUGGAGAGGCCGUACUCGUGCACCCGGUGUGACUCGGCCUUCUCCAACCUGAUCGAGCUGACGGACCACAUGAGCUCACACGACGGAGAGCAGCCUCUGAACUGCCCCGUCUGCGGCAAGACUUUCCUCAACAAGAGCAAGCUGGAGAAGCACCUGGGCAUCCACUCGGGGGAGAGACCCCACCUCUGCUCCGUCUGCGGCAACGGCUUCCCCUCGGCCGCCAGCCUCAAGCUGCACGUCCACAUCCACACGGGGGAGAAGCCCUUCCGGUGUCCGCAGUGCGGCAAGAGCUUCCGCUCGUCCAGCGGGCUGCGGCUGCACGGCCGGCAGCACAUGGAGGUGCGGCCCAGCUACGAGUGUCCCGAGUGCGGCAGGACCUACGGCCGCAUGACGGAGCUGAAGAUGCACCAGCGCUAUCACACGGGCGACAAGCCGCACGCGUGCAGCUGCUGCAGCAAGCGCUUCAUCAGCAAGGACAAGUUGAACGUUCACAUGAGGAUACACACGGGGGAGAGGCCGUACUCCUGCCCCCACUGCGGGCAGACGUUCACGCAGACCGGGGACAGAAACCGACACAUCAGUAAAUACCACUAGAGACACACUGGGGCAACAGAACGUUUUUUCAUUCGAAUGAUGGAGGCAGUGGUUUUGCAUGUUUGUAAAGGUUGGUAGUCGUAAGAAUUGAGGUGAUUCACAUUCUUUGAUCAAGAAUAACAAACUGAAAUGAGCUAUAUUAGGGAGAAUUAGUUUGCCAGACACACACUAAAUUGUCAAAUGAUCAGGUUGUGUGAUUGUUUAUUGGUAAACUAUAGAAGAAUACAGAUGUUAUAUUCUGUAAAAUAUGAUGCCAUCCAAAACGGAAACAAAGAAUAAACUUUUUUUUUUUAAAUAGAUAAAAACAGAAAACCUUCCUUUUAAGGAAAUAAAAAAGAAUCCUCACCUCACUGUCCAGUAUUAACAAAGAUGAAGCAUUACGAGUGUUUAAAGGACUUUUUAAACAAUUUCUUUCCCCUUAUUCUAAGAAAUAUCAUGUUAUUCUACAAAAGUGUUUCAACAAAUUAAAAAAAUGUUCUAUAUCUUUUGAAUGAAUAAAAUAAGGUAACAUUUUAGGAAAGUGUGUUCUGCCGUCUGCCAGCUUCAUACCUGGACUUUAAACUGUGUCACUACAUAAGCACUUAAGAUCAGUGCCUGAGUGCCCUGUGUCUGACUCUUCACGCGGCAAUUUCUCAUUCUAGCACCUCGCUGCAGUGACCGGCAUGUUUGCCUUUCCCCAAAUCUGGGGCUGAAAACUCAAUCGAAAUACAAAUAAAAUCCUGUUCACUCAAAUGACACUAAAAAACAUUAGAGGUCGCAUAUCAGUACUUUUGUUUUCCUCCGCGCCACAGUAAGUUGUCAUUACACCAUGAUUAUUUUUAUAUUUUUGUUUAGCCAUCUCUGUAACCCAGAGUUUUGCAUUGUACACAGUACACAGUGUACCAUAAGAAUAAAGCACUUAUUCAGCCUGCCAAUAUCCAUGUGAGGAUAUAGUAUUUAUUAAUAUAUAUCUCAAUUAUAUGUAUACAUUUAAAUAUAUAUAUAUAUAUAUUUAUUUUUAUACAAAUUAUACGAAUGUUUAGUGUUGUAGGAAAAUAAAACUGUCAAAAAUAUGUAAUAAUGAAAUCAUGUUAUUUUAUGUUUGUCCAUAACAACGAACAGUGUGUAAAAUGUACAGUAAACAAACAAUAUACAAGUGACAUUGAGUGACAAGUGUGAAUCUAAAUCAAA